GGGAGGUCGGUGUGAGAGCCCUGUGCUACAGGUCAAUGAGGAAGAGUGAGGCACCACACAGACUAAGUAUUAAGCUUCUGGAUUCAUCGCCGGUGGUACUGAUACAUAGCCAGUGCUCCUGUGUGGCAGGCGCUGUUAUGUGCAAUGACACAGUGGCACUGCUCUUCCAAACAGCACACUACUCACAACUCAGAGUGCCGGUUGUCCCCCCUGUGCAUAGCUGCACAGAAUCUGAACAGCAAUGGCACAAGCCACGGACAGUGGGUGUGAAGCCAAGACCCAUCAACUCCAUGAUCUUCACUAAGCUGGUACCAAAUAGGAUGGCCCAGACUGGAGUAUGGAGUGGCUUCUACAGAGGCAUGGUGGGUCCAUUACCAGAUCCCUGCUUGUUCAGAAUAACGGAGGCAUAUGCAAAAUUUAAUAUUGAGGACAGACCACUUGUGACCACAAUAAACAUGAGACCUGAUAAGCCCCUUGUGGAAAGUGCCUUUGGGCUGGUGCAGGAGGGCAGUGUUCUGUCAUAUCAGCAGCCGGUUUUGACAACCCGGUACAUCACACUACACCGUGAUGCACCACCAACACCGCACUUGCCUCUGGAGGGGUAUGACAUCUUGCCAUCAGAUUGUGUGUUUGUGUGUUCAGAAGAAGAGCUUCUGCAUCUGAAAAGCUUGUCUGUAACUCUGGAAAUGGCUCACAAAAUAGAGGAAGCUACACGUGAGCAAAGCUCUUCGUCUGAGUGGCAUCAGCUCCGCAGGCCCAGAGUGACUGCCUCUAAGUUUCGGGAGGUGUGUCACGUCAGAGGCCAGAGCUCGGCAGAUUCACUAGCAGAGCGUAUAUUGAAGGGAACAAGGCAGACAGCAGACAUGAGGAGAGGAACUGAGAUGGAGCCUGCAAUAGCAGCAGAGUAUAGUAGGCUAAUGAAUGUUAACUACUCACCCUGUGGUCUGGUCAUUCACCCCAUUGCCCCCUGGCUUGCUGCAUCUCCUGAUGGUGUUGUUUUUGACCCCAAUGAAUACCCCCAGUUUGGCCUUGUUGAAUUCAAAUGUCCCAAUGUACAAAACUUUAUUGACAGCAAAUAUGUGCAAAUGAAAUGUGGUACCCCUAAACUAAAAAAGAGCCAUGCAUAUUACUGGCAAGUGCAAGGACAACUGCUCAUCAGUGGGAUGCAGUGGUGUGACUUUGUUGUGUGGGCACAAGAGGACUACCUAGUACAAAGAAUAUACAUGGAUACAGAUGUACACAAUGCAAUCAGAGAAAAGGCUGACUACUUCUUUUUUUACAUAUAUAUGCCAAGAUACCUGUGUUUGGAAAAAUGAACAGUGAAAACAUAGCAAAAAGGAAAACAGAUCCUUCAGGCUGGCUGGAACAAAAUAACUGAUGUUUUAUUUGCAAUGUAUUUCAUGAAUUAUUUUGUUGUUACAUGUUACUUUUAUGUGAAAUCAAUAAACUGUUAUUUAAGCAAUGGCAUCAAUUUCAUUUUUUUUAAAAACACACAUUAAAACAUUGAAUUUCUGUAGAACUUAUUUACAUGGUAAGUAUAUAACACUCCAUGCCUAGCAUACUGAUAUACAUUUAGACAAUAACACAACUGAGGGAAGAAAAUGACAAAUGGUAUUUUGGAUGUUCCAAAAGCACAAUGUCACUUAUGAUUUUAAAACGAUUUAGUG